AUGUUUCUAUUUUUAUCAGAAAACGACGACAAUUCAAAUGCUACCAUUGCACUUACCACUAUCGAUUAUAUAUCGAAUGGUAAACUCAUUGUUACAGAUCUGCCGCAAGUUGCAAAACAAGCACAAAUUGCUGAUGUGUAUAUUCAUUUUUUUGGGUUUAACCAAAAUCUCUAUAUAUCUUCCAGUACGGAAAUCGACAAUGUUACACAAGGUGAUGCAGAAGAUUUGUUUACUGUUGGUUUUGAACUCACUUCGACUUACUUGCUAAAUCAAAUAGUACUUACAGAUCGCAAACCACUCAGAGUAUUUAGCUCUCCUUCCAUAUCUACGACGCAGACAGCAUACUCAACCGAUGCAACUCCCACUACCACUUCCACUGCUACUAGUAUUACAACUCUGGGACCUUCAGGGUGCAUGAUUACUUAUACAACUGUUACUACUUGUGGUCGCUUCUGA